GAACAGAGCUGCGCUGUAGUAACAACACCCAAACCCAUCUCUUCAUUUUACUGAGCCCUUACUGCAGCCUCAUCCUGCUUUCCGCUCCCUCUGUGCAAUGGAUGGCGAGGAUCUGAGGAGCCUCUUUCUUCUGGUUUCACUUGUGGCCCUUCUACCAUGAGCAAUUCCACUCCAUCUACAGCUAAUGGCAACGACAGCAAGAAAUUUAAAGGAGACCGACCUCCCUGUGGCCCAUCCCGCGUUCUGCACAUCCGUAAGAUUCCCAUCGAGGUCUCCGAAGCAGAGGUCAUCUCACUAGGAGUCCCCUUCGGCAAAGUCACCAACCUGUUAAUGCUCAAAGGGAAAAACCAAGCUUUUAUAGAAAUGGCUUCUGAGGAAGCGGCGAUAACGAUGGUCAACUACUACACCACUGCCACCCCCCACCUCCGCAACCAGCCUGUUUUCAUCCAGUACUCCAACCACCGAGAACUCAAGACCGAUAAUCUGCCCAACCAGGGGAGAGCUCAGGCAGCGUUACAGGCGGUUAACGCAGUGCAUUCUGGGAACAUGACCCUGUCUGGCUCUGCAUCGGCUGGCGACGGCGGCCUGAUGCCGGGGCAGAGCCCGGUACUGCGCAUCAUAGUGGAGAACCUUUUCUACCCUGUCUCUUUGGAGGUGCUGCACCAGAUCUUCUCUAAGUUUGGGACAGUGCUGAAAAUCAUAACUUUCACCAAGAAUAACCAGUUCCAGGCCUUGUUACAGUAUGCCGAUCCUAUGAAUGCACACCAUGCCAAAGUGACUUUGGAUGGCCAGAACAUAUACAAUGCUUGCUGCACCCUGCGUAUUGAGUUCUCUAAACUGACCAGCCUGAAUGUUAAAUACAACAAUGACAAGAGCAGGGACUUCACGCGCCUCGAUCUCCCUUCAGGCGAUGGUCAGCCCACCCUGGACCCCGCCAUGACUGCUGCCUUCGGAGCCCCUGGGAUCAUCUCCUCACCCUAUGCAGGGGCGGCAGGCUUUGCUCCUGCUAUCGGCUUCCCCCAGGCUCCAGGUCUGUCCAUGCAGUCCAUGCCAGGUGCCCUCGGCCCCCUGACCAUCCCCACAUCGGCUGUAGCAGGAAGGAUGGCCAUCCAUGGGAUGGCGCCGGCUGCUAUACACUCUGUGCUCCUUGUGUCCAACCUCAACCCAGACAGUAUAUCACCUCAUGGACUCUUCAUCUUGUUUGGGGUCUAUGGAGAUGUUCACAGAGUUAAAAUCCUGUUCAAUAAGAAGGAAAAUGCCUUAAUACAGAUGGCAGAUGCUACACAGGCACAACUUGCAAUGAGUCACCUCAAUGGCCAGAGGCUCCAUGGCAAAGUCAUCAGGGUCACCAUCUCCAAGCACCAGACUGUCCAGCUCCCCAGGGAGGGUCAGGAGGACCAGGGCCUCACCAAGGACUUCAGCGGCAGCCCCCUGCACCGCUUCAAGAAGCCCGGCUCCAAGAACUUCCAGAACAUCUUUCCCCCGUCCGCCACCCUGCACCUCUCUAACAUACCACCAUCAAUCACUGAUGACAUCCUAAAAGACCUUUUUGCAAGCACUGGAUAUACGGUGAAGGCCUUCAAAUUUUUCCAGAAGGAUCGCAAGAUGGCUCUGAUACAGCUCGGCUCUGUGGAGGAGGCCAUCCAGGCUCUGAUUGACCUUCACAACCACGACCUGGGAGAGAACCAUCACCUCCGAGUGUCCUUCUCCAAGUCCACCAUUUAACAGCCACUCCUCGCACACACAGACUCCGCCCCCCUGGCCUUUGCAUUAUGUUUUUUUUUUUUUUAUUAAGAUCAAGAGAGAAUAAUCUAGGAAUUUACAAAUACAGAUAAUCAAAUGGAUUAGUUAGAAUAAGAGAUUGAUAAAGACUACUGUCAUGCCUUCAGAUAGAGACUGACGUGUUGUAGAGACCAGUCCCUGAUGCAGGGCAGAGGGUAUAUCAACAUCCUCAAGCAUUUUGCUUCAUUGAUGCGAUGCGACAGGGACCUCCAGCGGUGUGCAAACUGGACUCCCAGAAUUCCACGGGAGCCGCCCCUGUAACAAUGUGCAUCUUCUCCCCGCGUUUGACUUUUGGACAAGUAGCUGCAAAGCCUACAGAGAGCUAGGUAAGGCUGCAUGGCGCAGCCUCCUCAUUACCUGGAAAUAUUUCGCAGGAAGUAAGCGAAUGCUGCAUCCAUAAAAACCAGCUCUUUUUUUUGGUUUGGAAGAAGUGUGUGCGAAUGGGACUCUACGAGCCAUAAGGCCUUGUCACAAACCAGACUUAAAAUGGGCGAACCCUUCUUCCCGCUCCUCUCCCAGUGAAUAUUGUGUAUGUACGCCAAGUGCCACAUGCAAUCCUUCUUUCUCGCCCCCGAAAAGGGAAUUCCGGGGUUGAGUGGGUUGCCCUGCCCAAGGGAGGGGGGUUUCAUCACUUGAGCGACGGGGAGAGAAUUACAAAGUGCUGAAGGGAAACCCUGUAGCGACAGCCUCGACCAAAUGGGCUGCCUCCAUUUUUUUUCGUGUAGCAGUAAGUAUGAGUGAUGAGGGCCGGUUUUGGGCCCUGCCGACAAUGUGGCACGGUGAUUUUGUCACUGUACAACAUACAUUUGCACCAGACAAAACCAGCCCUGAUGUGGUGAUUUUAUUUUUCACGUUUUAAUUUUUAAAAAAAAAAGAUUCAAUGAAGGGGGGAGAAUGUUCAGAGACGUUCAAAGACCUUCAGAAAAUGAUUCGUUUUCUGUGAAUAGGCAGACUGAUGGUGAACUGAGUGCUUUUAUUUGCCCCUGUGCAUGGGGCUGCAAAACAGAGCUGAUUUGCUACCUGUAGCCCCCAGCUCACAUAAGCCUCCUUUCCUCACGCUGCAUCACAAGCUCAACCAUGCGAGAUAUGGGCAUUUGUGUUUCGUCUCAGAACCAUGGCGGAGCGAAGAUCGUGUAUCAAGUACAGGCCGUUCUGCAAAUCAAGACGAUGCGGUCAGCUGACUGGACCUCUCCUGUCCACAGAGCUCGACUUACACGGAGCCCGGCUCCCCCGAGUGGAGUCAUGAAUGUGAAAAAUGUGUUCCCCCCCGAAAAACGGUUUAUAGAUGGGAAGGGUUUGUUUGUUUUUUCCCAGCGCUUUUAUGUGAUUCAUUAACCAAACAAGUCUCCUGAGUGUAUUUUUUAUGUCUUUUAGGAUGUCAUCAAGCAAGUGCUAUUCUAGCCCCGCCUCCACACACUCUUCAGCUUUGUGUCAGUCUUUGUCUUUUUUUUUUCUUGUGCCGUCGCGAUCGCUCGACUCAGCGGCGCACGCGGCUCUCCCUUUCGCCUUGCGCUCACCACAGAUCACGUAUCCAUCUCUGAUCAAACCAAAAAAAAAAAAAAAAUUCAAACACGCUCCUAGUUGGGGGCAGGUGGAACCCAGGCUGAAAAGAAAGCAGUCUGUGCAGUUCAGCAUACAGCGUAGGACACGCGGAAUUUACCGGAAGACAGAGUGAUGCCUCCCCCUGUCCAGGCAAAGUGCUGCGUCAGGCUGCCCAGGUCUAGCCUUAACAUUCCAAGGAGGGGGGGUGGCAUGAGCCCACUGAGUAGCAUAAAACGGGGUCGGUACCGUGCCUGUGUUGCCUCACCUCAGUUACCUUGUCUCAGUUUUAUUACCGGGAAAAAAACAAAAUGAAGAUUUACCGCAACUGCAAGGCAAGGGGCAAUGUCUCUUUCGAACUAAC